UCCCCCCCCUCUCUUGAUCCUCGUUCCCCCUUUUUUAUCUACCUCUUCGAGGCCUCUCCUUGUCCACUUCAGCCCUCUAAUGCAAAUAGCCCUUUUCUCCCUCCCAUAUUUACGACCCGCUUCCUCCACUGUUGAAUAUGCGCUUAAGAACGGAGGACUUUGAAUGCUGCCAGCCACAUUGGAUUAGUGAGUGUCAAUGGGCAGAUAACCUCUCUGUUAGCAAGUGAAGUGCAAACACUAGAGCACAAGUAUUCAUGAAGGCCUUUUGGCCUUCAAACACCAGGAGAGGCAAUGUGUGUGGCACUCCAGCCAAUAGAGAUGAAUAGGGCCCGGUUAAUGUGUGUGAACGUAAUUCACUUCCUUUAUCAAAUGCACUUUCCAGCAUUUCCUAGUGUGUCGUUGUUUUUAAAUGCUAAAGGCAGAAAUGUGUUCAUGAUCUCCACUCUAACUGAAAUCAUCUGUCUCACAUCACUCAACUGUAAUUUUUGAAAAAGACAUGCAGUGUUCACAAACUCUCUAAACCAUUGUUCCUUCCUCCCCAGCACCUGUCUCUCUCCAUGAUUACUUUAAGGUCACAGGAAUAUUUCCAGGCCCCUGACCCUCCAACUCUGCUUGUAAUGCCACUGACCUUGAGGCUUUUAUGGGAAUAGAGGGAAUUGAAGCUUAUGUUGCACUCUUUCUAAGUGGCCCUGCAAAACUGCAUCACCCAGAUGAGUAAAUGCUAACCUUCAAGGCUUUUUUUGUCAGACCACACACUGAGUCUGUAUUGGGUGGCCCAGGAUUAGUAUUGUUUUGGCACCCUCCUGGCUCACAGUGUGCACGAGUACAGUUUGUUGUCUUAGGGGGAAAAAGCCCAAAAACAUGUACACAGUCAUCUGCUCAUGCAUAGUUCUAUAAUUAACCAAUGCAGGCACUCUUUUAAAGUCAGUGGUAACAUUAAAGAACAGUUUGCAAAGGGCCGGGGUUUUACUUGCAUGUGUUCCUGUUAUGAUCCGAUGAUGACCUUGAUCUUCAGUUGUACUGAAGUAACCCAGCUGUAUGUUACUCCAGAAACGCAAUAGAGACCCAGAGUACCAGCUCAGAGGAGAUAGUGCCAAGCCCGCCCUCGCCUCCCCCUCCACCCCGCGUCUACAAGCCCUGCUUUGUGUGCCAGGAUAAGUCCUCAGGGUACCACUAUGGUGUCAGCGCCUGUGAGGGUUGCAAGGGCUUCUUUCGGCGAAGCAUUCAGAAAAACAUGGUGUACACUUGUCACCGGGAGAAGAACUGCAUCAUCAACAAAGUCACCCGCAACCGCUGCCAGUACUGUCGGUUGCAGAAGUGCCUGGAAGUCGGGAUGUCGAAGGAGUCGGUGAGGAACGACCGGAACAAGAAGAAAAAGGAUGAGAAGAAGCAGGAGUGCACAGAGAGCUACGUACUGAGUCCUGACACGGAGCAGAUGAUCGACAGGGUUCGCAAGGCACACCAGGAUACUUUCCCCUCCCUCUGCCAGCUGGGCAAAUACACUACGACUAACAGCUCAGAACGACGUGUGUCCUUGGACGUAGACCUGUGGGACAAGUUCAGUGAGCUGUCCACUAAGUGCAUCAUCAAGACAGUGGAGUUUGCCAAGCAGCUGCCCGGCUUCACGACGCUCACCAUCGCCGACCAGAUCACUCUGCUCAAAGCUGCCUGUCUGGACAUCCUGAUACUGCGGAUCUGCACACGCUACACACCAGAGCAAGACACGAUGACUUUCUCAGAUGGACUUACGCUAAACCGAAACCAGAUGCACAACGCUGGCUUCGGUCCGCUCACUGAUCUGGUUUUUGCCUUCGCCAACCAGCUCCUUCCUCUGGAGAUGGAUGAUGCAGAGACGGGGCUGCUUAGUGCCAUCUGUUUGCUGUGUGGAGAUCGACAGGACUUGGAAGAGGCAGACAAGGUGGACAUCCUGCAGGAACCCCUUCUGGAGGCGCUGAAGAUUUAUGUAAGGAAGAGGAGGCCCCACAAACCGCACAUGUUCCCCAAGAUGCUGAUGAAGAUCACUGAUCUUAGAAGCAUCAGUGCUAAAGGAGCUGAGCGUGUCAUCACGCUGAAGAUGGAGAUCCCCGGCUCCAUGCCACCUCUCAUCCAGGAGAUGCUGGAGAACUCAGAAGGUCUGGAAAGCGGAGCCGCAGGCGGACGACCCAGCGGCGCCCCCCCAGGCAGCUGCAGCCCCAGCCUGUCCCCCAGCUCUGCCCAAAGCAGUCCAGCUACACAAUCGCCGUAGUCACGGCCCACGUUUUCAUUUUCAUUUUUUCUUUGUGUUGCGCUCUGUCUCCUCCAUUAAUGUUCUGAAGAGGAGGGGUGAAGGAGGUGGGUCUUCUUGACCCCUAACUGCUGAACACAGGAGACCAGCAGAGCCAACCACCUCCUCUCCGACAACAAAAAUCCCCAUCUCCUGAUCCGCUUUCCCCUCUCUCUGGAUUUCUAUCCAGACAUGAGGGGAGAUGAGGCUGGAGCAGGCCGGGAUAACCGGAAGCCUCCAACAUACCACACCGUAAAUACUGCUGAUGACUCUUCCUCCUUCUCCCUCCCUUCUCCACCUUUUUUUUCUUUUCUUUUUUCUUUUUGAAAAGACUAACGGAGAUGAGGUGUGGAUGAACCCGAGAGCGGUUGGAGCACAAUGGAACAAAUAUAAAGACGAGAACAAUGAACACAGACUGACUUGACAAACACCAGACACUUUUGUUGUUUUUUUUUCUUUUCUUUUCUUUUCAUUGUUGUUGUUGUUGUGCUCUGAGGCCGACUACAACUGAACUUUUGGGACUUGUCAAAAGAACCCACUCCUCAAAGACUCUGGGUCUUUUCCUCUUUUCCAGUUUCAUGAAAAAAAUAACAGAUUUCGUACAAAAAAAAAAGAUAUAUAAAUAUAUAGAGAAAAAUUAAGGACCUAUUGCGAUCGACAUGUCCAGAACAGGAUGGCAGGUUGAAAUGAGGACAUGUUUUCUGAGCUGAGAUUAGAAAUUGUUGUACUCCUUCACUGUUUGAAUCUUUUUCAUACCCAUCGAGUAUUGAGAAAAAUGCUUCGGUUUCACAUUUGUAUAUUCUAAUUGAUGGGGGGAAGAAAAAAUAAAAGAUUAUUUUUUUUCCCUUUCCAGUCUACACAAGCAAACACACACAAAUGUGCACAGAAAACAAGUCGCAAUGAUUAUCACCUACUAUUCCAGGUCGGAUUUGUUUUCCCUUUUUUUUUUUUUUUUUUUUUUUUUUUUUUUUUUUUUUUUUACUUCCAAGAGAUUGGGGGGGAAAUGAUUGUAUGAACUCAGUUGUAUGAUAUGGUCACAGGUCCUUUCAAGAAAUCAAAUUAAUGAAGAUUCAUUAUUAAGGUGUAUUUUAAGUAGCCUUUUGAGUUUGUGUAUAUAAGCUGUAUUCAUUUCUUUAAAACUAUGAAGAGUUUUAGGGUUCACCUGAUCGAUUUUUUUUUUAAAGAAUACCGUUUUAUGUGUUUUUAGGUUUGUGAUUCAAGAAAAGACGUUUUGAGCACAUUUUACUGAAGGAAGUUCUUUCAUGUUUCGUGUCCUACUUUAAAAAACAAAACAAAAACAUGGCAGACCCAUCACAAAUCACUGGCUCUAAAGGUUUUGGCUUCACGAACAGUUUUGCCCCCCCGACCCCACUUUUCUUUCUUUUUUUAUGUACAGUAGGUAAGAAAGUAGCACUCCUGUCGGGGCAUAGCUUUUUUUGUGUGUUUGGCCAUGUAGCAGAAAGAGAAGGCGGCGUUUGAGGAAAUGGUUUAGACGCCUUCUGUGGCCUGACGGGCUCAAACAAGCGGUGGCGGCUCUGCUUCAAAGAGAGUUGAAAUGUGAACAAUGGUGUACAUACACUCUGUAUUAAACACAAGUAAAUCUCA